AAAAAAUGUGUUUCCCUACGUUUACAGCUUUAGGAUCUAUAUUUUUAUUAUUUAGCUUCGUUUUAGAGCUUUUUAUACUGAUCGGACAACUUUCCAAACGAGUAUUCCUUACUGAUCUGUUUUUUGCUGCAGCUUGGAAUACAGGGCAGAACGUGAGAUACAACUUUGCUCUAUGGAACUAUUGUACGGCGGACAUAAACGACAAUGUGAACAGCUGUGCACAUCCAACCCCUGCUUUCAAUUGGGCAACUACUCCAGGUAUUUCUAGUUUGGCACAAGCCCAAGCAAGUAGUGGCACCGUUCAUGGUGUCUUUAUGGCCAUGUUUAUCUUGUUCUUUAUUGGAUGUGGUCUAAGUUUCCUGCUUUGGUUAGCCAGUCUCCCCAUAUGUUGCUUAAAUCGUCGUGUCUGUGGUAUUUCCAUGGCUACGUUAGUAUUUAUCAACUUUCUUGUGAUGCUUGCAGCGCUCAUUUUGGCUCUAGUCGUGGUCAUUUCAGGUGUCAAGGUUAUCAGUGCAAAUGCAGGAUGGAAUGCGCAUGCUAAUAACUUGCUCUGGAUCACUAUUGGCGCAGUCAUAUCUCUGUUACUAGCUGCUGCAUGUUACUCUUGUGGUUCCGUUGGUGGUUCCCGAGACAGACGUGGUAGAAAGAAGCGUGUUGAUCCAGACUACGAUGAUAAAGACGAUCAUGGGUUCUAUGAUAGCUUCCUUCCUUAUAAUGUCAAUCCCCACGCUCAUGGAGCAAGCCAAGGCGGGUAUGGAAGACCAACACACCUACAACAGCCUUAUCAACCUGGAAAUCAACCAGACACAAACCAAGCACCUGCUGGUAUGGGCCAUCAAGGCAUUGCCUCUCCUCACCCAGAUACUACUAGAGCGCCCCAAACCAGUAAUGAACACCCUAAUGUGCCUCGUGGCUAUCAGACGCCUACUCUCCAGCCUGCUAACUUACCUGAUCAGCAAUAAGAUUCAGUACUGUUUAAUAAUCUUACAACUUAGUUUAAUGCUUUACCUUGGCUGAUUAAUAAACUGAUUAGUUGUGAAUAUAUGUGCAAUUUUUUUUCACUGUUAAAGAUGUAGGGUCAUAAGCUUUAUUCUUUCACUUAAUUAACCUUAAUGAUGUUAUUCUUAUGCACGGAACACUUGACAUAGAUUCCGAAAUAUUCCAUUUCUAGCAAUGAAG